CCCAAGUCAUCCUUUUGAAAGAAUUCCUUUUCACAAAUGUUGGUUUGUAUGGAAUUAACUGGACCAAAGUUUACUCCUUCCAUCCCCCCCUUUCAUGGCAUUAUAUAAGGAACUCCAUUUCUGACAAUUGUUAUCACAAAAACCUCCUCCUGUUGUUUUAUCUCUCUGUUUUUACAGUGUUGCCCAGUAUAGUUUUCCACAAAAAAAAAUGGCUCGCUCAAGCGUGGGAAUGGCCUGUCUUUUGCUAGUCUUGUGCUUGGUUGUGCCAAGCUUGGCCACAGUUUACACCGUUGGUGACACUUCUGGCUGGACAACUGGUGUUGAUUAUAGCACAUGGACUAACGGCAAGACCUUCAAAGUUGGCGAUAGCCUUGUUUUCAAUUACCCAACCACUCAUACAGUGGAAGAAGUAAGUUCUAGUGACUACAGUACAUGCACUGUGGGCAACCCAGUCACAACAGAUAACAGUGGAGCCACCACCGUUGCUCUCAAGACUGCCGGAACUCAUUACUUCAUUUGUGGUGUGAUUGGCCAUUGUGGGAAUGGCAUGAAGCUUGCUGUCAAAGUGGAGUCAGGCUCAUCCACAGCACCAUCUACUACAACUACAACAACUAACCCGAAUUCCUCAUCUUCAUGGAGUCUCUCCCCAUUUGUGGCUUUUAUCACAACUUGGGUUGCCUUAUUUGUGAUAGCAAUCAUUUCAUAAGCUUCUGGCAAGAGUGUCGGCCUUGAUCAGGAUAGAGGCAGUGCUGAUCUCCUUUUAUUAUUAUUAUUUUUUUAUUUUCCAUUUUAUCUUGUUUGUAUUGAGGAUCAUUGCUUAGCUUCAUGAAUGAGCAGGUUACUUUUUCAUGGCAUUAGGUACAUCAUUUAUGUAAGUUAUUGUUCAUUGUUGUGUCAUAUUCUAUGUGGACAUUGUCAAACCUGAUUGACAAGAAAAAUGAGCUCAUCUUGCUAAUACUUGAAAGUAAAAAGGGUUUGUCUUUGAUAGAUACAGAGACAUGCUCAUGUCUUUUGAGGAGUAGUUUCUAAUUUUGGUACGAAGAUGAUCAAUAGUUGAAGACAAGAUGACGGGGAUAGCCCUUUCUUUUUCCAUAAUCCCUUGAAUCAAGGAGGUAGGAUGAACUUGAAAUUUGAUCAAAAACCUGAUACAACAACUGAAGACUAGCAAGUAACAACUAAUCUAAUUGACAAUCUUUUAGGAUUAGUUGAAAUAUUCUUUUCUUAGAUUUUGGGCUUUCUUCAAAGUUAUGUCGGUUUCAUGAUA